CAACGUCGGCGGUGUACGGUGGUGGCAGGAUGUCGGUGCGGUCAGUCUCACUCAGAAUCCCUUUGACGGCUGGUCAUCGGAUAAGUUCCCAUCGAUUCACAACCUGGUCAUGGGGCUGUCAGGUACGCAAUGCAUUUCAAUGGACAAUUCUGGCUGGUCCGUCUUAUGUGUGCAUUUCUGUUGUCUGUGAGCUAUUCCUCAGUGCCCGACAAUAUGGAUACCUCUUCCGCCUGCGAGCUGAUCCGCGAAGGCAUCUCAUCCAUUGUGGAUGGCGUGCGGGGCCUGGAGCGUUUAACGCUGUAUGUGUAUGGCGGCGCCGCUCAGAAGGGGCUCUUAUCUGUGACCAUUGCAUCAACGGACAGUAAGCUGUACAUCAGAAGUGGUCUUGGCGUUGCUGCGAGUCGGCUACUGGCAGAGAAGAUGCCGAGCAAGAUCAAGGAGGUGACGUUUGGCAGACAUGUGAGUGCAGCGGACAGAAGGAGCGUUCUGGAGGAGGUGGGGGCGGGGAGGGAGGUUGGCCUCGUCACUGUCGGUGAGCAGUAUGGCGCAUUGGACGGCUGGCGAUCGGAUAGCUUCCCAUCGAUUCGCGGCGUAGCAAUUGUGUUGUCAGGUACGCAAUGCAGUGUUAGGAGACGAUUCUGGCUGGCUCGUUCAUCUUAUGUGCGUGUUGUGGCCCUGUAUGUGUAUCGUCACUCAGUGCCGGAUGGUUUGGAGGCCUCUGCGGCUGCCGAGCGGAUCCGCGACGGCAUCUCAUCCAUCGUCAGUGACGUGCGCGGCCUGGAGCGUUUGACGGUGGAUGCAUAUAGCGGCGCCGGUCAGCAGCGGUCCUCAUCUGUGACCAUUGCAUCAACGGACAGUGAGCUGCACAUCUACAGUGCUCUUGGCGUUACUGUGGGACGACUGCUGGCAGAGAAGAUGCCGAGCAAGGUCAAAGAGGUGAUGUUCGAGCCAACAGUGAGUCCAGAAGGCAGAAGGAGCGUGCUGGAAGGCCUGGGCGUGGAGAGGGAGGUGGGCACUGUUCGCCUAACGGGGCCUUCGGUGAGUCUCACUGAGGGUGCAUUGGACGGCUGGCAAUCGGACAACUUCCCAUCGAUUGGCCAUGUGCGUAUCGGUGAAGCAUAUACAAUGGACGUAGAAGGUAUGUACCGGAGCAGACAAUUCUGGCGGCUCAUCUUGUGUAUGUGCUUUUGUUGCCGUCUGUGUGUGACUGGUCACUCAGUCCCCAACAACUUGGAGGCCUCUGCAGCUGCCGAGCUCAUCCACGGCGGCAUCUCAUCCAUCGUCGGUGGCGUGCGAGGCCUGAAGUGUUUGACGCUGAGGGUGCGUGGCAGCAACGCCGCUGACGCCGCCAUUCGGCAGCUGCUCCGCACAGAGGUCUUCGCCCACUUCACCAUCGACACACGUGAGAGACGAUGGCGUUGGGGACGAAACUUCCGAUGGAGUAGUUACGCCAUUGAGCUGACUGCAACGCGUCGCUCUUAGGGGGUGAGGACAGAGCAAUGAAUCCUUGCCUUCACAUACUGUGUGUGUGUGGCCGCUGGGUCAGGCUGUCUGUCGAAGAGGCAACGAGAUAGAUAGAUAGAUGGAUGGAUGGACCAUUUGCCGCUGAGUGUGUCGGCUGAUGCGGCCUUUCCACACACACACCCCACACACCAACACUCGCGUCAUGGGCUGACGGAACUUACACAAGUGUGCAUGCGCGGGGGCUGUGUAAUUGGCAGAGAAGCGUUCUCUUGACUACCUCUGUCGACUGGCAUGGCCCAUCCCGCACACAUUCACAUGCCGCAAGACACAAUGAGAGUAUUGGUGCUAACAGAGACAUAUACAUACGGAGGCCAUCACUGUGAGUGUAUGUGUGUGUAUGGGAGACUUGGGAGGGGGUGCGUUUUUUUAGCUGUCGCGGUGUGCACACGCCUGGUUUUGUGCCACAGGGACGGGAUAGGCGCAUUCAAACGGAAUGCCGCCAUGUCCAUGUGAAUGUGUGUAUGUGUGUGUGUCGAAAUAGCUGGUGGGUGGAAUGACGGACACAUGGAUGGACGUCUCGUCGUUUUAUCUAUCGACUGGUUGACUUCCGUGUGUGUGAAUGUGUGCAGCUGUGCUUAUUGCAUCCAUCCGUUGACACACAUGCAGUCGACAACCGUCCACUCACACACGACACACAGGCGCACUGGACGCACUCAGACUGACAGGCUAUGGGAGGUGCAUGACGAGUCACAGAGCACCUGGCUUACCCACACCCACACACACGUAAAAAUACCCUUCCCUGAGUGAGGAGUGAGUGCGUGUCGUCAUGUCGUCAUACGAUAUAUGUCUGGGCAAUACUGUGUUGUGUGUGUG